GCUGCCACCUACUGGCUCGUGUUUUACAAGCAUCUCGUCAUGACAGUACAGUAAUUCUCUCGCAGGUUUGGUAGUGUCGGUGCACAUAGCUGGUUGUCUGUUUAGGUGGCUGUCAGUUGUAUUUAGCUAGCUAUUAUUUGGUUUGUUUCGCAGAUAUUCGCUCGAAAUGGACGGGGAUAUUAAUGCUACGGCUCCGGGCACCACCCCACCUGACUCCGACCCAGCGCGGAAGCGCAGAGUGCACGGUAUGUUGAAGCUCUACUACGGGCUGAACGAGGAAGGAAAGACCGUGGAUCAAGCUGAGUCCAUGGAUCCUUGCGAUAUCAACGGGCCGCAUUUCGAUCCUGAGGUUUAUCUCAAUAAGCUCAGGAGAGAAUGUUCCCUUGGAGAGCUGAUGGACCAGGAGACCUGCAUGGUCAAGCAGAUCCGCUCCUUGGACAGUGACAUGCAGACAUUGGUGUAUGAGAACUACAACAAGUUCAUCUCUGCCACAGACACAAUCAGAAAAAUGAAGAAUGAUUUUAAGAAGAUGGAGGAUGAAAUGGACUGUCUCUCUACCAACAUGGCUUCUAUCACAGAUUUCAGUGCACGCAUCAGUGGGACUCUUCAGGACCAGCAUGCACAGAUCACCAAACUGUCAGGAGUCCACACUCUCCUGAGGAAGCUGCAGUUCCUGUUUGAGCUGCCUGCCAGGCUGAAUAAGUGCCUGGAGCUGCAGGCCUAUGCCCAGGCAGUGAGCUCCCAUCGUCGUGCCCGCUGCGUGCUGCAGCAGUACAGCCACAUGCCCUCCUUCAGGGGCAUCCAGGAUGACUGUCAUGCCAUCAUGGACAAGUUGGCACAGGAGCUUAGGCAGAAAUUCAGAGAUGGAGGUUCGAGUGCGAAGGACCUUUCAGAGUGUGUGGAGCUUCUGCUGCAGCUGGAUGAGCCGGCAGAGGAACUCUGUGACAAGUUCCUGAGUCACGCCCAGUCACGAUUGGAAGCAGACCUCCUAGGACUGGAAGCGGAGCUGAGACCACCAUUGUCCUCUGGACCCACAGCAGUGACAGAUCCCUACACUGGCCCCGCCCGCAGAUUGUCAGUUGAACCCACUGCUGGAUCUCCCACUGGCCCCUCCUCUCUAAACAAUCCCUUCCUCUCUCCCAGCUCAAGGACUGAUAUUUUGGAAUUCAUAGACAGAGGUUGCAAUGAAUUCGUCAGCAGCCUUUGCUUGGUCAUUGCCUCGUACCAAGAGUUGUUUGUCAACCGUCCGCAAGAGGGUGAGCUGGCCUCCAAAAACAUCCCCCAGAUGGCUAUUGGCAAGCUGCAUGCUUUUGUGGAUGCACUGGCCACCCGCUACUUCUCCCUGGUUGAGAGGAGGAUACAGGAGGAGAAAAGUGUUGGAGACAACUCUCUCCUGGUCCGGGCUCUGGAUCGUUUCCACCGCAGGCUGCAAGCCGUGGCCAAACUGCUGCCUGGGUCUGCUGUGCCCAGCCAGGGGACUGAGAUCGUAGUGCGAGCAGCCAGGGAGAGGAUCAAGCAGUACCUGGCAGCCCUGCAGAGCUUCUACCUGAACAGCCUGACAGACGUGAGGCAGGCCCUAGCAGCCCCUCGGCUGGGUGGAAGCUCUGCCGGAGGUGGGUCUCAUCUAGGGGGGUCAGCCACUGGGAAAGAUGCUCCGGCCAGCUUGCCAGAGCUCCUCUCCACUCUGUCUGCCUCCAUUCUCAAUCAGAUUAAGUCAGUCCUGGCAUCCGUGCACCUUUUUACUGCAAAGGACAUCACCUUCUCCAACAAGCCUUACUUCAAGGGGGAGUUUUGUAGCCACGGUGUGCGUGAGAGCCUGGUGGUUAACUUCAUUAUGUUUGUGUGCCAGUCCUCGCGUCAGUUCUGUGAGAGUGCAGGAGACCGGGGCGGCUCUACACCCCCUGCCCUCCUACUGCUGCUGUCACGCCUCUGCCUGGACUAUGAAACCUCCACCAUCACCUACAUUCUCACCCUCACAGACGAACAGUUUCUUGUGCAGCAUCACUCUCCUGUAACUGCAGUCACAGCUUUAUGUGGAGAGGCCAGAGAGGCAGCACAGAAGCUACUGAACCAUUAUGUCAAGGUUCAGGGCCUGAUCAUAUCCCAGAUGCUGAGAAAGAGUGUGGAGACACGAGACUGGGUCAACACCAUCGAGCCACGGAAUGUCCGUGCUGUGAUGAAGAGAGUGGUGGAGGACACCACCUCUAUUGAUGUGCAGGUGGGUCUUCUCUAUGAGGAGGGGGUGAGGAAAGCCCACAGCAGUGACUCCAGCAAAAGGACCUUCUCCGUCUAUAGCAGUUCGAGGCAGCAAACCCGCUACGCCCCUAGCUACACACCUAGUGCUCCUAUGGAUACCAAUCUCCUGAGUAAUAUACAUAAGCUCUUCUCUGAGCGGGUUGAAAUAUUCAGUCCUGUGGAGUUUAACAAGGUCUCUGUGUUGACGGGAAUCAUAAAGAUCAGUCUGAAGACGUUCCUGGAGUGUGUCCGCCUGCGUACCUUUGGUCGUUAUGGCCUGCAACAGAUUCAGGUGGACUGCCACUACCUGCAGAUGUACCUCUGGCGCUUCGUCUCCGAUGAGAACCUGGUCCACUUCCUGCUCGAUGAGAUAGUGGGCAGCACUGCCCACCGCUGUCUGGACCCCGCUCCCAUGGAGCAGAGCGUCAUCGAGGUCAUCUGUGAGAGAGGUUAAAGGCUAGAGGUCACAUUGGUUGAGGAACUGGUGAAAUGCAAUGGUGAAAUUGAAUGGUGUGUAACAGAGUUUAAAACCAAAAAAAAGAACAUUGAAGUCAACUGAACUGGAAGACUUAAAAAAUAGGUAUUUUGCUGGACACACUGGAUUCCCAUGAUGUAAAUGUGGUAUCAGUAGGAGGAUUAAGGUUACUUACUAUUGCUGCAUGUAGACACCCAGACCAAUUCUGAUUUUUAAUUGGUAUUUUUACCAAUCGGAUCAGCUCUGAAAAAGAUCUGAUUUGAAAUAACCUAGUGUGGCAGGCAUAAAAAGACGCCUGAGCGGAUUUCCCACAUCUGUUUUUUCAGGGGAAACGGAAGCUUUGGUUAAAAAUAUUGUAUCCCUGAAAAACGGGAAACAUCCACUUUGUACCAACCCCUUGGGAGAGAGGAUGUGAAAAUAUCUGAUGUGAUUGGUCAAAAGACCAAUUAGUGGAAAAAGAAUUGGGUUGCCUGUUUAAAUUAUGAUGUUUGGGUGGGGUGCAUCUAUAAUCAUUUGUUUGCUAAUUACUAAAAUUGUAACGUGGUAAUAUGGUGUAAUAAAAAAAUGUUUCAUUCAUAAACAGAUGAGGUACUGAGUUGCCUCUCCUACCUUCAA